UCUUUUAAAAGUCGGUGUCGAUUGAACUCUGCUGCUCAUGUACAGCAGCAGUAAGAUGACGAUGGCCGUGUUCCGGACGGCAGCGGGAGUCAUCUAUGGAGAUAUUUUAAGUGAAGAUCGUUGUGGUUUCAUCAUCAGAUGCGUACACACACACCGAUUUAUAAUCACAAGCCUACACACACACACACACCGAUUCAUAAUCACAAACCUAAACACAAUCACAAAUCUACACACACGCACCGAUACACAAUCACAAAUCUACACACACACAUACAACGACCCCCCUGUGAAGUAGAAUCAGGGCUGGAGGAGCAAGUGCUGUUAGCGAGCUCCUAUGAAGGCCGGCACGGCACGCGAGGGGGGUGAGGCAGGCCAGCACCACGUGGCCCCGCAGUGGCGAUGUUUCUACAUCGCACCAGGUACCCGUGUGGGUCGAGUGAACCUAGCAGAGCCGCAAGCCCGGCUCGAAUAAUCGAUUCAUGGAGCAAUCGCGAGAUCCCGUGCUCUGUGGAGAUGGGGCGAUGCAAUCGUCUCGCGCGCAGGCGCUACAGGGGCUGAGUUGCGUCGCGGGACGGCGCAAGGUAUCUAUCGACGGCUCGCUCGGUGAGUCUUUCAACCAGCAGUGGAUCAAACAUGUCCGUCGACGAUGACGAUGCCGUGUCGCAAGCGCCGCGAGCCGGGGCGCUGCGUGUGUUCGCUGCAGGUGGCUGGGCCACGGCGGGUGAAGUGAUGGAUGGAGGGGACACCCUCCGACGCGCCGCGGCUCUGGAACAGAUGGACGGCAUCGUAGCAGACGACAAAGAGGAGGAGUUGGAGGACACGGGCGGCGGCGCAGGCAGCUGGGCGCUGGCGAGCAGGACCGGCGGCGGCGGCGAGUCGCAGGCCGUGGCGCCGUGGGCCGGGCUGCAGGUGGUGCACCUCACGGAGGAGCUCUGCCAGCGGCUCGAGCGGCUGGGCAGCCAGGAGGAGCGCGAGGGCCUCCGCAGGCAGCUGCCCCCGGGCACCGUGAGGGCGCUGCUCGGCUGGCUGCACGCGAGCACGGUGCGGCAAGCGCGGAAGAACGGGCAGCCUGGGUCCGAGGGGGAGGACUACCAGGAGCGGCUGUCCCGUCUGGAGGAGGACCGGGAGUCACUCGUGCUGCAGGUGAGCGUGCUCACCGACCAGGUGGAGGCGCAGGGGGACAAGAUCCGGGAGCUCGAGUUCUGUCUGGAUGAGCACCGCGAGAAGCUCACCGGCACCGAGGAGAUGCUGCAGCAGGAGCUGCUCGCUCGGAACAACCUGGAGACGCAGAAGGUGGACCUGGUGACGGAAGUGUCCUCCCUCAAGCUGAAGAUCACCGCCAUGGAGGUGGAGGAUGCUGGAGAGGCGCGCCCGGCUGACAGAGAGUGGGUGGAGGGCCUGGUGGGCGCCUUGCGGCUCCAGAUGAGCCGCCUGGAGGAGGAGGUGGUGUCCGUGCAGCGCGACGCGGGCGCAGCUCCUGCCCAGGUGUUGCUGGGCGAGCUGGGCUCUCUGCGGAGCCGCGUGGCGGAGCUCGAGGAGGAGAAGACGAAAUGUGAAACGAAACUCAGCAGCACCGCGGCGGAGCUGGCGGAGCUGCGAGAGCGCGUGGCCACGAAGGAGCGGGAGAUCGAGACGCUGCGGCUGGAGCUCGCGUCGCGGACGCCCGACGCCGUCGUUGCCGCCGCGUGCAAGGACGAGGAAAUUCAGAAGAUGAAGAGCGCUGUUGAGUCACUGCUGCAGUCCAUCCAGGAGAAGGACCGCAAGAUCUCAGAGCUGCACGAGGCUUUGGAGGCCUAUAGAGAGGCGCAGGAAUUGGGGGGUCGCCUUGCCCCCCGCGACCGAGGCAGGCCCUUCCCACCGGCGCCGGAGGCGGCCGAGGGGUCAGGGCCUUCCCAUCCGACCUCCCGGGCCACACGCGACCCCUCGCCCUACGACAACAGGUCUCCCUGCCGGCACAGGUCCAACAGCCUGGAGAAUAUGCGGACCGAGUCCGGCGAUAAGUGUGUUGUUUGGGAGCCAAUGGUGCCGCAUCCUGCCGACAAGGUCCCCUGGGGGCAGGCGAGGGCCGGCGCCAACGGCUCCAAGUACCAGACGCUGCCGGCGCAGCGAGUCAGCGGGACCCCCUCAGGGGGCCCACUGGGCCAGUCGUCACGGAAGCUCCGCACCACCGCUCAGCACGACGGGGCCUACUCCUACCACGGGUCCGACAGCAGCCUCGAUCGUCACCGGAGUGCGAGCGCGCCCGCCCUAGGCGAGCCCAACGGCUACUCCCCGGGGUCACGUAGUGGCUCCGAGCGGGGCCAGGGGUCACCACCCUCCGCGGGGGUCGGGGUGGCACCCGCGUCGCCACCGCCCUCCGCCCGCGACGCUCGCAAGAAGGGCAAGGGCAUCCGCCGCCUCUUUGGGAGGCUACGACGCACGCAGUCUGCGGGCCUCACGGGGGAAGUGGGGGGCCCAGAGAAGGAGUUCCGGAGGGGGGGGCUGCGCGCUACCGUAGGCCCCUCGCUCGGCUGGCCCCGGAACCUGCGCAGAGCGGGCAGCAGGGAGCUGGAGACCCCCUUCGCCAGCUGGGGGGUGGAGCAGGUGUGCGGCUGGCUCAGCGAGCUGGGCCUGGGCGCCUGCGUGGGCCUGGCGCGGCAGUGGGUGGUGCGAGGGGACACGCUGCUGCGGGCUACGACGGAGGACCUGGAGCGGGAGCUGGGGCUCAAGAACCCUCUGCACAGGAAGAAGCUCACGCUGGCGCUGCAAGCGCUCGGCUCUGGAGAGGCAGUGGGGACCGAUGACCUGCACCACACCUGGGUGACGCGCUGGCUGGACGACGUUGGGCUGCCCCAGUACAAGGAGCAGUUCCACGAGGCACGCGUGGACGGGCGGAUGCUGCACUACAUCACCACGGAGGACCUGCUGCUGCUCAAGGUGACGAACCUGCUGCACCACCUGAGCAUCAAGCGUGCGGUGCAGGUGCUCCGACUCAACCACUUCCAGCCAGACUGCCUCAUCCGCUCCGCCCCAGAGGGGAAGUCGUCCACAACGGGAGUCUACCGCUGGUCCAACCAGCGGCUCAUGGAGUGGAUGAAGCAGAUCGACCUCGCCGAGUACGCGACCAACCUGCGUGGCAGCGGCGUUCACGGCGGACUGCUGAUCUUCGAGCCGCGCUUCAGCGUGGAGACGCUGGCGAGCCUGCUGAGCAUCCCGCCCAGCAAGACGCUGCUGCGCCGCCACCUGAGCACCAGCUUCAGCCUGCUGGUGGGCCGCGAGGCGCAGCGGGCCAAGCGCGAAGUCAUGGACACGGCCCACUACUCCCCGCUCUCAACCACCGCCAAAGUCAAGCCCAAGCGGCUGGUGUUCGCGGCGCUGGGGGGCGGGCGGCGCCGCAAGGGGGGGUGCUCGGGCGGUGGGGGGGGCUCGACUGGGAUCCCGGAAGACCCGGAGGAGCUGCUGUGUCCCCUGGAGCUGGGCCGGGCCGACGGAGACCCGGAGCGGAGCGGCAGCCCGGAUCCGGACUCCCGCGACGGCCUCGCACAGCCCUGCCUGCCCCGGGUGAAUGUGUCGGAAGGGACUGUCAGGCAGAUAGGCGCCUUCUCGCAGGAGCUGAUCAACCUCACCAGUCUCCUGGCGGAGGACGGGGCCUCCACGAGGCCCGGUCGGGCAAGGCCUGGGAGCGGUCGCUCGAGCUGGGACCCCCCUCACAAGUGACGUCCAGGACGGGCCCCCCACCACCAACCUCGCCCACGCGGCCACUCGUCCGCUCACCCACUCGCCCGCUCGCCCGCUCGCCCGCCCGCCUGAUCGCCUGCCUGCCCGAUCACCCGCCCGCUCGCUGGGUGAGACAGCUGCUGCUGAUCGCUGCUGCGGGCAAAGACUUCUUAAGACGUCAAGAUCGACUCAAAGCCCGAGAAGCCCAAAUGACAAUACCUUGAGAAAGAUCGGCCCAAAUCCGGGCCGCCAGGUACGCGCGGUUUUCCGGCGUGGAGCGUAAAAGAUUAGUAGCGGAAAAAAAACUUCGCGUGUACGCAACGGUCGAUUCGUCGGUCGAAAAUCAAAAUCAACUCUCGACGUUCGUGCCACACGCUCCACCGAAUCGCUCGUGUUUUAUUCUCGGUUCGCAAUGCGCUCUCACCUGUUAUGCCCCCUCCCCUACACAGCCCCCCAACCAGCCAUUGAAGGCUGAUGGGGAAUUAAACGGCGAACCUCAAGCAAUGACAAUUCAUGGAAUCACAAAGUUGUGGGUGGGAGUGGGGUACGAAUCGUGAACCUGUCGCUCUGUGCCGGCAGUCUUGUCCGGGACACGCGCGGUGAGAGGUAAAUUAUUGCGAGAACGCUGUAACACCUAUUUAUGUUGUGUAGACGUCCGUUGUGUCUGUGUUUGUCAUUUCAUAAAUCACUAUCCACCAGUCAACCGCGCGACUCGGCGUUAGGGGUUGCGAGAUCCAAUCCUGGCUGCGGGGUUGACUCAUCCCACAUCAUCCCUCCGCGGUCGGUAAAAUGAGCACCACUCUGUGGGGAAGAUCAACGAUGGUUUGCCUGACGUUCAAGACUCACCCCCCGCCACAGGCGUGUGGACUUUCCACCGCUGGCUCAGGGGCCUGUAAAGCAGGGGAUGGGCACCAACGCCGCGAUGCUCACACGAGCAGGAAAUCGCUUGGAGCUUUAUUUAUUUUUUGCGAGAGAUUACUUCAGGUGACUUGCACGUGGACUUCCAGGGUAAACGGCCGUCGUGUAGGCCGCUCGACUUACAAAGAAUUCGGUGCAAAAGUGACCCCGGUGGGUUUAACGGAUUCCCAGCGCACCUUGGGGGGGUUGGCUUAUCGCGCGAAGCCUACAAGAUGAAAGUGGAUUACCUUGAGCUACCAACGAUCACAAGCACGAUGACAACGAUAUCACGGCAUGUUAAACAAAAAAACAAAAAAUCCCCCAUGUAGCCUUAAUAGACUGUUGGGGCAAGUGCUGUUAGUGAGCACCUAAUUAAGGCCGGCACGGCACACGAGGGGGUGUGGGGUGGCCAGCACCACGUCUGGCCGCCUUUGUCUUCCCAGUGGGGAUGUUUACACACCACACCAGGUACUCAUUUGAGGCCGAGUCGACCUAGGGGAUGCCCAGGACCGGUUCAGAUACUCAUUACCGAUAUUGGCCGUUAGUGGGAAUCGAACUCGGGAUGCCGGGUUUGUAGCGCAAUGCGCUAACCACUACACUACCGCACCCCGCAUGUUAAAAACACACGCACAUGCACACGCACACACACACGCACGCGCACGCGCGCACACGCACACACACACGCGCGCACACGCACACACACACACGCGCACAUACACGCAGACGCACACGCACACACUGGCGCACAUACACGCAGACACACACGCACACACACACGCGCGCACAUACACGCAGACACACACGCACAUGCGCACAUACACGCAGACACACACGCACACACACACACACGCGCACAUACACGCACACACGCACAUACACGCACACACACACGUAACGUGACACGCAUUGCGCCAUCGGACUCGCAUCGCGCGUGCCAUUGCGAUUUUUUUCAUUUCACGCGAAACCAAAGAAGUUCUCGUCAACGAUCGCUUGCUUUGGAAAGUUGGCGAUUGUUGGAAAUGUCUGCCCGAAGUUGAAGCUGUCGACAAGCAAAACAAUGUCCGUCUUUGUGCGGAGCCUCAGGCGCUCACCGCUCUGUUGCCCCCCGUAUUGCGGCGCACUCAACUUUAACACAAAAUAUAUGCUCGUGAUAAUUAUAAUAUAUGUACUUAAAAUUAUAUAUUCACUUGUUGUGUGUGUGUCCCCCCCGCCCCAGACAACCGUUCAGUAUUAUUUUCCGAGGCGCUUUAAAUUCAGUGUGUGGCUGUCGACAAUAACGGUAGGGAUUCGAGUUUGUGUGUUGUCCGUACGAAGUAAUCGUCGCAUUUUUAAGUUAACGCCGGUAACUGCAUUUUAAUGAACCAAAGUGUUUCCUCAAGCAAAUUUUUAAAUAAAUUUGUAAAGAAACGUUCA